AUGACUGAAAACACCCCGCUUCUCGGAUCGAGACCAAGACCCUCGUUGUCUUACAAGCUCAAUGCCAUUCUGUUCACCAGCUAUGUGAACAUUUUACUUGUAUUUGUGCCAAUUGGCUUGAUAGCAGGUUAUUAUGAUAUGGGCGCAGUGACUGUGUUCAGCACUAAUUUCCUGGCCAUCAUCCCUCUAGCAGCUUUACUUUCGUUUGCUACUGAGGAAUUGGCUGACAAGGUCGGACAGACUAUUGGUGGUCUUUUGAAUGCGACAUUUGGCAACGCCGUUGAGCUUAUUGUAGCAAUUGUGGCCUUGACUAAAGGAGAAAUCCAGAUUGUUCAAGCUUCAAUGCUAGGAUCCAUUUUGUCGAACAUUUUGCUUGUUCUCGGAUGUUGUUUUGUGGCUGGUGGUUAUAACCGUGUCCAGCAGAGUUUCAACCAAACAGCUGCUCAAACUAUGUCGUCUUUGAUGGCCGUAGCCACUUCUUCGUUGUUGAUUCCUGCCGCGUUCCAUGCCACUACCCCAUCUUCCCGUGGUGACGAGGCUGUCCUAGCUCUUUCCCGAGGAACAUCAGUGGUUCUGCUUGUUAUCUACAUUCUUUACCUGUUUUUCCAGAUCAAGACCCAUGCUCAAUUCUUUGAAGAGACACCUUCUGCUGCUACUGGUGCCGAGGUUGUCGAGGACGAGCACGAGUCGACUCUGGAGCCUGUGGAGGCCGUUUUCAUGCUGUUUGUGGUGACUAUUGCCGUUGCAUUUUGUGCUGAGUACCUCGUGGACUCUAUUGACUCGAUUGUCACCAAGACCGGUAUUUCCAAGACUUUCAUUGGUUUGAUUCUCCUGCCUAUUGUCGGCAACGCCGCCGAGCACGUCACUGCCGUCAUUGUCGCCAUGAAAGACAAAAUGGACCUUGCCAUUGGCGUCGCAGUGGGUUCGUCGAUGCAAAUUGCGCUUUUCCUGACCCCCUUCUGUGUCAUUCUCGGCUGGUUCAUCGACCAACCCAUGAGCUUGUACUUCGACACUUUCGAGACCGCCGUGCUCUUCGUGGCUGUGUUCAUCACCAAUUACCUCAUCCUAGACGGCGAGUCCAACUGGCUCGAGGGCGCCAUGCUCAUUGCUACCUACAUUAUCGUAGCCAUCUCCUUCUACGUCUACCCCGACAGCCCCCUCCCUCCUCCUAACUAA